AUGUCGCAUCACGCCCAAAUCGAGGAAGUCUCUGACUCCGACCCAGAGGAGGUCGCCCCCGGCUUCGAUUCCGAUGAUGACCUUCCCCGCAAUGCCAUCAUCUCCCCCGCCAACAUUCCAUCCAAGGUCACCCCGGCGCCUCAACCCCAACAGAUGCCGAUGCCCACGAUGCCCGCACCUGAACCACAGCGCGAGAUCCCCAAGCACUUCCAAUGCUUGUACCCCGUGUACUUCGACAAGACACGCACCCGCGCCGAAGGUCGCAAGGUCGGUGCGGAGCUCGCGGUGGAAAACCCUCUUGCCAGAGACAUUGUGGACGCGGUCCAAAUGCUAGGCUUGAACGCGGGGCUGGAACCCGAGAAAUUGCAUCCCAAGGACUGGGCCAACCCUGGUCGCGUGCGCGUGCAGCUGAAGAAUGAAAAUGGUCAAUUGGUCAACUCCAAGAUCAAGAACAAACAUCAUCUUUAUAUUCUUGUCGCGCAGUUCUUGAAGGCUAACCCGACCAACGAACAAUCGCCUUACCGGUUACGGAUUCGUGGCUUGCCUAUGCCUGAGAAGCUGCCCGCUGCCCCGGCUGCCCCGCGGGGUUGGAAGAUUGGCAAGAUCUUGCCAAUUCACUCGCCUGCUUACAGCGGUGGUGGUGUCAGUGAUAACCCACUUAAGGAUGCCAUGGCUGAAAUGCAGGGCAUGCAGGGCCAGCCUGGUAUGCCAGAGAUGCCUGACAUGAGCAACAUGGCACAGAUGAUGAGCCAGAUGGGUGGUAUGGGUGGACUGAGUAAUAUGCUGGGUGGACUAGGUGGUCUGGGUGGUAUGGGCGGCAUGGGUGGCGGCGAGCCCUCAGGGGCUGGUGCUGAUAAGAAGAAGAAGGAGAAGAAGAAGGGCAGAGGAUGA